AUGACACAGAACGGCCGCUCAUUGGUCGAUCCCGCUGACAAUUACGAGCUUUUUCCGAUUGACUUGUCUAUGCACGUACAAAUUCGUCAAAAUGUGGUACACACAUUUUUAGAGACCCAUUUCGAGGCUAAAACGAAUGCAGCAGUCAUUUUGUUACAUGGUGGCAUUGAAAUCGACCGUUAUGAUACGGAUAUUCAAUACAAUUUUCAUCAGGAGAGCUUUUUUCAAUACUUGUUUGGAGUCCGUGAACCGGGAUGUGCUGGUCUUGUGGAUCUAACGACACAAAAGGCUGUACUAUUUGUACCACGACUGAGUGAUGAAUGGGAACUUUGGUGUGGUGAUCGUAAACCAUUGGCCUAUUUUAAAGCACAUUAUAAGGUGGAUGACGUGUUUUACGUGGAUGAGAUUGCAGCUGUAUUGGCUGAGAAAAUCCAGGCUAAGAAACUGUACGUGCUACACGGUACAAACACAGACAGUGGGUUGGUAACGACGACGACGUCGAGUUUUGAAGGGAUGGACGAAUUUGAAGUGGAUAAAGAGGCACUGCACCCAAUACUGGUCGAGUGUCGAGUGAUCAAGACGGAGAAGGAAUUGGAGUUGCUGCGGUUUGUGAAUAAACUGUCGUCACGUGCUCAUAUUAAUGUGAUGAAGAACAUUUGUCCGGGCAAGAUGGAGUUCCACGCGGAAAGUGAUUUUUUGCACUAUGUGUAUAGUAAUGGUGGUGCUCGCUUUCAUGCUUACACAUGUAUCUGUGGCAGUGGUCACAAUGCGUCGGCGCUUCACUAUGGUCACGCUGGUGCACCAAAUGACAAGUUGCUGGAAGAUGGUGAUUUGUUCUUGAACGACAUGGGUGGUGAGCUUCAUGGAUACACGUCGGACAUUACGUGCUCGUGGCCUGUUAAUGGUGUCUUUUCUGCCGACCAGCGUGUGGUCUACGAAGGUGUGCUGAAGGUGCACGACGCCGUGAUGGAUGCCAUUAAGCCGGGUGUGAGCUAUGUUGACUUGCACUUGCUGUCACACCGUGUGCUGACGCAAUACCUUCUUGAGUAUGGCCUGUUCCAGAACGGUACGGUGGACGAGUUAAUGGAUUAUGAAAUCUCGGCAUACUUUUAUCCUCAUGGUCUCGGCCACUUGAUGGGUCUCGAUACCCACGACGUUGGUGGUAUUCCCGUGGGCUACACCCGCUCUACAAAGAAAAUUCUAGCCAAACUGCGUUGUGUGCGCAACCUUGCGAAGAAUAUGGUGCUGACCGUGGAGCCUGGUUGUUACUUUAUUGAGGCUCAGAUUCAGGCAGUACUAGCCAACGCCGUGACUGCCAAGUUUAUUAACCAGGAAAUGCUAUCUCGUUUUCGUGGCACUGGAGGUGUUCGAAUCGAGUCGGAUGUUGUCGUGACUGCAACUGGCGUCGAGUGCAUGAGCAAAGUACCUAGAACGGUUGAGGAGAUUGAGGCGAUCAUGCAAAAGACGUAG